AUGGCGCAACUCCUUGUGCCGAUACUGCUCCUCCUCCUGGUCUCCCACGUCCCCGUCGACCCCCUCAGCACGCUCCUCAACGAAAAGGACGACGCCGUCAGCUCCCCCUCAUCAUCACAGUUAGCGCCUGCACCAUCCGUCCGCAGCAGCGACAAUGACGACGACAAGGAGGAGGAGAAGGAGCAGGAUGAGGAGAAGACGACGGAGGGGCUUGUGUCCUUCACCAACGGCACGGGGUCGUACAAACGCAUGCCCCGCAAGUUCGUCAACGGGCACAACAUGGUGAAGGCGCGCUACGCUACGGCGUGCCGCCGAUGA